CACUUCACAUGGCCUCCAGUAAGGGUCAUUUAGACGUCGUAAAAUACUUGGUGGAAGAGAAAAAGUGUAAUCUAGAGGAAGUUAACAAAGAUCAUAACAAUUCUCUUCAUGUUGCUGCUCUGAAUGGACAACUAGAAAUUUUGCAGUACAUGAUGAAUGAAAGAGGUAGUGAUCCGAUGUGUAAGGGAGAGAAUGGCUCAAACACUCUGCACUUGGCCUGCAAGUCUGGCUGCCAGGCAAUGGUUAAAUUCCUAAUUGAAGAAGGGAAUGUCGACCCCAUGUUAAAAGAUGCUAAUGACGCCACUCCACUCCACGAGGCAGUGCAGUUUGCGUCUCUAGAUACAGUAAAGUACCUUGUCGAGGAGAAAAAGUGCGACGUAGAUUGUAGGAACAAGUAUGGCAUCGUUCCCCUCCACUGUGCUGCAGCUAAAGGUAAACUGGACAUAGUCCAAUACUUGAUCACUGAAAGAGGGUGUAAUGCGAUGUGCAUGGGAUGGCGUGGCGCCACUCCACUCUACUCUGCCUGUGAGUUUGGUCACCUUAGUGUAAUAAAAUACUUGGUGGAAGAGGUGGGAGUCGACUGUGUAUCCCAGCAUGAGGACGGCAAUACCCCACUGCAUGUUGCAGCUUUUGUCGGGACACUGGAAGUUGUAAAGUAUCUCAUAGAGAAGCAGAAUUGUGACACCGAGUGCAAAAACAAAGAUGGGAACACUCCUCUUUUACUAGCCGUUUCAGGUGGGAAGUUAGACACAGUCAAGUAUCUCAUUAAUGAAAGAGGCUGCAACCCAAUGUUGAGGAACAUACAUGGGGCAACAAUUCUUAUGCACGCAUGUGUUGCAAACAGACUUGAUAUAGUGAAGUACUUGAUCGAGGAAGUUCAUGUCGACAAAGAGGAACAGGCUAUAAAUGGUUCAACACCACUUCAUGAGGCAGCUCGCUGUGGAUCAUUACCUUGUCGAGGAGCAGAAGUGUAACAUUCACAUGAGGGACAACUUCGGUAACACUCCCUUAUUUCAAGCAAUGGUGGCGGGCAAAUUAGAAACGAUGAAGUACUUUAUUAACGAGAGGGGCUGUGAUCCAAUGGCUAGAGGCAUACGUGGGACUCCUCUACACUAUGCCUGUGGGCUAGGCAGGCUUGACAUGGUGAAAUAUUUGGUGGAAGAGGUGAGAGUUGACACCAUGUGUAGAGACGGGAAUGCUUCUCUUCCACUUCAUUUAGCUGCUCAAUACGGGACACUGGAUGUAGUUAAGUAUCUGGUUGAGGAGCAGCAGUGCGACGUCCACUACACAAACAUGUUUGGAAACACACCUCUCCACCAUGCGGCGUUUGGAGACAAAUUAAACAUUGUGAAAUAUCUCGUGGACGAGAGGCAUUGUGAUCCAAUGACCAGAGGGGACACGGGUUGCACCCUUCUCCACUGUGCCUGCGUAGUUGGCAAUUUGGACAUGGUCAAAUACUUGCUGGAUGAAAAGACGGUCAAUCCCCUAUCUCCUGAUGUAUUGGGUGCCAGUUCACUUCACGUUGCUGCGGGCUGUGGACACCUCCCAGUUCUCAAGUUACUGAUUGAGGAGUACCUGUGUGAUCCAGACAUUAAGGACCGGCAAGGAAAGACUCUUGCAGAUAUAGCGAAACAGCAGGGCAAGACAGACAUAUCAUCUUACCUCUCAUUCAUUCAAGACCUAACAUCAUCUGAGCUGCGAAGGAUCUUGGACACACAAUUAAAGAGAUACAUCAAGAAGGCCACACGAACUGGAGUUGUCUUGGGCAGUGGAACCUAUGGCUCUGUCAUUGAACUAGUAUCAGCUGGUGAAACUGUCGCUGGAAAGGUCUUCAAGGUUUCUUCCACUACAAUGCUGCUUUCUAUCACUUUCAAAGUGUGUGGCGAGCUAAAUAUGAUGAUGCAGCUAAGUCACAAGAACAUUGUCCAGUGUAAAGGGGUGAGUCUGCUGGUAGACCAUCCGCUGCCUCUUCUUCUGAUGGAACGGAUGAUGACAAGCCUCCAUGCCUACCUCCUCAAACCAGACAACACUGACCUUCCAGUCAAGAGAAAGGCCUCCAUCCUCUUAGACACAGCCAGUGGACUGGAAUACCUUCACAGCCGCACACCUGCCGUAAUCCAUCGUGAUUUGACUGCUACCAAUGUCCUCCUAGACUCUCAGCUGACGGCCAAGAUAACAGACUUUGGCAACUCUCGAAUCAUGGACCUUGACCCUGGUGCAACCCCCGAAACUCUUACCUCAAUACCAGGAACUCUAGAGUACAUGCCUCCCGAGGCACAUGGAGUAGAUUAUGACCCCAGCCUGGAUGUGUUCUCUUUUGGACACCUGUCUCUCUUCACUGUCAUUCAAUCUCCAGUUCACCCACUCCUCCCUCCCAAUUACACUGACACUAAUGAUGGGAAAGUGUAUGCUGUGACUGAACUUCACCGACGAAAGCAGUUUCUAGAGAAAGCCAAACAGGUUUUGCCAGAGGACCAUUCUCUCCUGAAAUUGAUCGAGGAUUGUCUUCAGAAUCGGCCUGCACUAAGACCUCGCAGCAAGGAGUUGGUGACAUCACUCAAAGGCAUUAUGAUCACUAGAGGUGGUAAAGAAAUUGAUUUCUGACUGACUAAUUAUCAUACCUUUAAAUGUGUAGUCUCUUAAAAUGUCAAUUAGAAUAGCAUGUUAAUUAAACAGCUCACAUGUGCAAAGUAUGAUU